AUGUACGCAAAUAGUCGGACGCGGAGAAAAUGGAAUCAAGUAUUACUGUUUCUAGUGUCAUGUCAUUUUGUUAAAUAUUCGAUAAGUAGUCCAAUAUUAUCAUCACAAUUUUCACAGUUUCAAUCAGCUAGAAAUCUAAGAAAUUUACCGUGUGUGGUGAGAAGGAGUGGAAUGAAGGGAGUUUGUAUGUUUGCAAUUGACUGCAUCAAAUCAAAUGGAACACAUUUAGGAACGUGUAUUGAUAAGUUUUAUUUUGGCUCGUGUUGCCAAAUCAAGGAAGUAGAUGCAUUAUAUAACAUAGAUUUAGAUGAUAAUAGAAUAGAUUCAAACUUUCCAUCGCCAUCAUCGCAACAAUCAUUAAACAACAAAAAUACUCGUCCAGUUCCAACAACCUCUCAAGCACCAUCAACUGUGCAUUUUUCAUCAAGUAAUUACAAAACGUCAUCGAAGCCAGCAAUUAAUUACAAUAAUAAAACAUUCGAACUAAUUCCAACGACUACACUAGCAUCAUCCACAUCCACAUUAUUGUCAAAGCGUCCAAUUACAACAAAGAAGUCAACAACGGAAAAAUAUGCAAUAAAUGUUGGUGGCUUCUCAACGACACUCGGCAAUAUUAUCGAACGUAAUGUAACAAAUAAAAUUAACUUGAAUGAUGAGACAGCACAAAGUACAACGGAGAGCAUAAAAUUGACGACAUUCCAAACGAUCCAAGACUCAAUUAAGAAUGUCACAAAGAGCACAACAAUGAGAGUUACGUCAAAGACAAAACCGCCGAUUGUGACAAAAAGACCAGUUUUGAAUCGAACAUCGGAUGCAUCAACGACAUCAAUAAAACCAACGAAGCGACCAACAGGAUCACCGGCAUCAAAACCAACGAAAAAUUCUACAACUGUGAUAAAAUUGCCUCCAACGACUGCGGCAACAAGAAAACCUGUUGUAACGACUGUAGCUGUAAAUCGGAGAACAACAUUAACAUCGCGAAGAAAUUCAACGACAACAAGAAAACCACUGCCGGUGACUUCAUCAAAGCCAGCGAAUGAACAUUUGUUGACCACAAUCUCGUAUGUUGAAACGACAAAAGCACCGAGACCACGACCAAAACCAACAAAUUCUGUUGUUAAAGUUGAACCCACGACACUUUAUGACGAAGAUGCAUUUACGACAACAUUUUCCGUUGUAUCAGCUGGCGAUGACAAGAAAGACACAACAUCAAAGCCAGUGUCAUCGCAAAAGCCAGCAACAACCGUUAAAUCGACAUCAGUCACGCGACGACCUGCAACUAAAACAACGAGUAGUUUCAGCACUACUCAGAGUACAAGUAAAAGACCAAUAACGGAUUCCGAAACAUCAAUGACUGGAUCAUCAUCAUCAAUUAUAACAACACAUGCAGCAGCAUCGACAAUGAAAAUUGAAGUAACACAAAAGCCAUUAAAUAUGACAACGGAGAGAAUUGUAGAGGAAAUACAUCAGACAACGCCAAGUUCAACAUUAAUGCAGCAGAGUAGCACUUUAUCGAAUACGGGAUUAGUAACAUGGACGCUUGGAAAUGAAGUUACAGAUAACGCGACGAAAGAUGAUGCAUGGAUAUUAUUAACGAGUGUCACACCUAACGACUCAAAUUCACCGUCAAUUAUUGAUACAAUGACAACUGAACGUAAAAUCAUAGAAACAUCAACACAGUCACUAAUAAACGAAAAUUUAACAGAACCAAUAACAGCACCGAAUGAGUUGUUUAAGCUCGAAGAAACGACGAUAGAAAUUGGAAGCGAUGAAAAUUUAAUUCACAUUUCACAAGAAGAAGAAGAAGCUUCGUCAGAGACUUCAUCUGUUGAAAUUGAAGUUUCUGGGGAAGCUGAGGAUGAGGAAAGUGGAGAAGAAACGACUGUUGAGACUAAUACAGACUCGGAUGAGGAUAUAACAACUAUUCAAGAUGAACCCAUAACAACAACAACAACCAGAUCUGCAUCAACAACAUUAUCAUCCAGCACAUCAUCAUCCACAAUCACACAAUUAUCACCUAAUGAAACAUUGCCGGUAUCAAUUCCGGAUGAUACAACUGUUAAUCCAGAGCUUUUAAACACGACUUACGAUACAACGACUUUAUCAUCCACAGAGACUGAUAGUGAUGAAAGUAUUCGUGGAAAUGAGACUACAACAACAACACCAUUUACAACUACAGCCAUGAAUCUUGAGGGAAUUGACUAUAAGCAGAUUUGCGGUCGUCGAAUGUUCCCUGAAGCGAGAAUUGUUGGAGGUGCAAAGGCCGCAUUUGGACGCUGGCCAUGGCAAAUUUCACUGAGGCAAUGGCGCACAUCAACCUAUUUACAUAAAUGUGGAAGUGCAUUGUUGAAUGAGAAUUGGGCUAUUUCAGCUGCACAUUGCGUUGAAAACGUUCCACCAUCCGAUCUCCUUCUUCGUCUAGGCGAAUACGAUUUGUCAAUCGAGGAAGAACCUUACGGCUAUCAGGAAAGACGUGUCCAAAUUGUCGCAUCACAUCCACAAUUCGAUCCACGUACAUUCGAGUAUGAUUUGGCUUUAUUGAGAUUUUAUGAGCCUGUAGUUUUCCAACCCAACAUCAUCCCCGUUUGUGUGCCUGAGAAUGAUGAAGAUUUUAUCGGACGAACGGCUUUCGUGACUGGUUGGGGUCGACUUUAUGAAGAUGGUCCACUUCCGUCAGUAUUGCAAGAAGUUUCAGUGCCAAUCAUUAAAAAUGAAAUUUGUGAGGCGAUGUAUCGAAGUGCUGGAUAUAUUGAGCACAUACCACAUAUAUUUAUUUGUGCUGGAUGGCAGAAGGGUGGUCGUGAUAGUUGUGAAGGUGACUCAGGUGGACCAAUGGUGAUCCAAAGGACAGACAAGCGCUUCCAACUUGCGGGAAUAAUUUCAUGGGGAAUCGGAUGUGCUGAGCCAAAUCAACCGGGUGUAUAUACGAGAAUAUCAGAGUUUAGGGAUUGGAUAAAUCAAAUAUUGAUGUUCUAA